UCCAAGAUGGUUGGCUACAGAGACGUGUACAUAUUUUUAGUUAGUUUUACAGUUUUGGUGUCAGUCAGUGGAGAGGAGCCAGGGAAAUAUGAUACAAGACUGGCAGAUGUUGUGAUUGUGGUGUUGUCCCAGCCAAACCCCUACCAUGCUGACAAGGGGAGGCAACUGCAGAUAGAUUUAAUGGAACAGAUGAUAGACAUACCGAAGGACAAUAAACCAGCAGUUUAUCUUACACACAAGAAAUGGCCUAUCAUAGGAGCGUGGACUAUAUUCCCAUUGCUAGAGAAAUGGCAGCAGAACUUUCCCUUGGCAAAGUGGAUAUUUUUCUGUGAGGAUGAAACAAGAAUUCACCUAAAGGAACUGGAAAAGUUUAUUCAGAAAUUUGAUCCUACUAAGGAUUGGUUUAUUGGUCAUGCAUUGGUAGAUAAGGAGCCUACAAUCAUUCAUCAUUUCACAUCACCAGAUAAACUGACAUUUCCCGACUUUGCAGCUGGAGUCUUCCUAAGUUUUCCUCUCAUCAAUAAGAUGGUGUCAAGAUGGCCAGAUGACAAUUUUAGAGCAGACUUUGCCAUUGAUCCAAAACAUGAGCUGGCCUCUUACAUUCUCUUGGAUGACGUAAAGUUAACACAUGCACCAGAGUUAUGUUUGACUGGGGAUAAACCUAACUGUGUUACAUAUAUAAAGCAGAAAUUCCCAGAUUGUGGUGCACCAGUAGCAGAUGAUGAUUUGUUUGUUGCUGUGAAAACUUGUGAAAAAUUCCAUAGUGAUAGAGUACCAAUUGUAUUGGAAACCUGGGCACAAGAGACUUCCAAUAUUGAGUUUUAUAGUGAGAAAGAAGACCGCAGUAUACCAACUAUAGAUCUUGGCAUACCAAAUACUGAGAGAGGUCACUGUGGUAAAACAAUGGCAAUAAUGAAAAGAGUUGUGACAACACCAGAACUGAUGAAGAAACAGUGGUUGCUCAUUGCUGAUGAUGAUACAAUAAUCAAUUUGCCAAGACUACGUCAUCUUCUGUCUUGUUAUGAUCCAAACAGCCAUGUUGCCCUUGGUGAACGCUAUGGGUACCAGGUAUCUAAAGGAUAUGGAUACGACUAUAUUACUGGUGGAGGAGGAAUGGUGUUCAGUAUGCCAGUAGUGCAGCGAUUGGUAGACGAGUGUCACUGUUCAUCAAAUGACUCACCAGAUAAUAUGAUUAUAGGAAUGUGUUUACGUAGUUUUGACAUUCCGAUCACGCAUGUGCCAUAUCUACAUCGGGCUCGACCAGAUGAUUAUUCAGAAGGUUACCUCAGCCGCCAUAUUCCCGUGUCAUUUCAUAAACACUGGAACUGUGAUCCUAUUAAAAUCUACAAUAUGCUCAAAAGCUACGAUUUAAAACCUCAGAAGCCAAAACAAGAUUCUACAAGCCAGUCUUGUCAUAACCAUGAAGAACUGUAA